AUGGGUAUUAACAAUCCAAUUCCAAGAAGUUUGAGAAGUGAAACUAAAAAGGCAGCUAAAAUAUUAGCCAGUUUUGUUAAGCCUAACCAAGUAUUUGGUCAGGACCAAGUUAUUCCACAUGAUGUUUUGAAGAGAGCUAAAGGUUUAGCCAUCAUCACCGUUUUAAAGGCUGGUUUUCUUUUUUCAGGGAGAGCUGGCUCUGGUGUCAUCGUGGCAAGAUUAAAAGAUGGUUCUUGGUCGGCACCAUCUGCAAUUGCUAUGGCAGGUGCUGGUGCGGGUGGUAUGGUUGGUUUAGAAUUGACUGAUUUCGUGUUUAUUUUAAAUGAUUAUGAUGCAGUUAAGUCGUUUUCCGAAUUUGGUACCAUUACUUUGGGUGGGAACGUCUCUGUAGCCGCAGGUCCGUUAGGUAGAAACGCAGAAGCUGCUGCAUCGGCUUCCACCGGUGGUGUUGCUGCAGUAUUCGCUUAUUCUAAGACUAAAGGUUUGUUUGCUGGUGUCUCUGUGGAAGGUUCUGUAAUUUUAGAAAGAAGAGAAGCUAAUAGAAAAUUUUAUGGUGACAGUUGUACUUCAAAGAUGAUUUUAUCUGGUAGAGUUAGACCUCCACCAUCCGUGGAUCCUUUAUUCCGUGUUUUAGAAUCAAGAGCAUUCAAUUAUAGAAGUAGAUACGAUGAUAAUGGUGGCUAUGAUGAUGACUAUAGUUCUAAUGAUAGUAGAUUCUAUGACGAUAUUCCAGACUCCUUCGACUCUUCAAGCGUUAGUAGACGUUCCAGAGGUUAUUCAAGAAGUUCAAGAAAUAAUCGUUACUCUGAUGAUUUUGAUGACUUUGAUGAUGAUUAUGACAAUGAUAACUACAAUGGUAGAAACCAUGACGGUAACAGAAGGUCUGAUUAUAACAGUAGCAGGAAUAGAAGAACUUAUAACAGAGAUUCAAAACCCCGUUUUGAUAGUGAAGAUUUUGACGAUGAUUCAAAUGGUGCAAGCGAUUACUAUGCUGCUCACAGAAGUUCAUUAGGUCCUCGCGGUGGUUCGAGAUCCCGCUGGGAAGAUGAUGUUUAUGACCGCAAUCAAAGGUCUUCAUAUACUAGAAAAAGUUACGAUAAUGAUCUAGACGAUUUGUCCAAUCAAUUUUCAAAGACAAAGCUAUCUUCUGGAAACACAGUAACACCUUCCGGUUCUAGUGCAGCCGCAGCCGCAGCUUCUCUUUCUCCAAGGAUAGGUUCCUCUGGAGCUCCAAAGGCUGUAGCACUGUACAGUUUUGCUGGGGAAGAGCCUGGCGAUUUACCUUUCAAAAAAGGUGAUGUGAUUACCAUUCUUAAAAAAUCAGAAUCUCAAAAUGAUUGGUGGACUGGUAGAGUCAAUGGUGCUGAAGGUAUUUUCCCUGCUAACUAUGUUGAGCUAGUAUAA